AUGGAAGACAUUCACAAUAAAAAAUUUAUUCAUCGAGACCUUCACAGUGGAAAUAUAUUAUUUGUUAAAUCAAAUGCCUCCAAAUAUCAAUGGCAAAUUGGAGAUUUGGGCUUAUCACAACCUGCAAAUAAUACUCCAUUAAAUAAUGAAAUAUAUGGUGUAAUACCUUAUAUAGCCCCGGAAAUAUUUAAUGGCGUUGCAUUCUCAAAAGCAUCCGACGUUUAUAGCAUGGCAUUUUAUACAAGUAAAGCAUUAAGUUCUUUGAUUUCUAUGUAUUUAUCUAUAGAUUUAUCUUCUAUUUCUUCAAACUCAUCAAAAGAAUAUAUUUCGAAAGCAUUUGAAUAUGACAUUUAA